AUGAAGUUCCUUCUCUCCUUCAUCGUGGUGAUCGUAACCAUUGCCAUUCUGCCCCCUCACUUAAUUAACGGAGCCCCAACCUCCAGCCCACAGGCACCAGAGGAGGUCAACAAGACACUCAAAGAAGGACUUCUCGUAAUGCUAGCCGUGAUGAAAUCCUUUGAUUCAACAAGAGUCCGAGUGAGGAGCAGCGUUGCCGAGCACGGGAUAUGUCAGGUGGUUAACUAUAUCACCAAAGUCACGAGUAACGACAGUAUGAGCCAAAAUGAAACAACCAAGUUCUUCCCUAGCAACGACGCUCUCACAGCAGCUGAGAACAUACGAAACAACACCUGCUCCUGGCUAAACUCAAUCAGAGCGAACACCAUUACGACUUGUUCCAAUGAAGCCUUAGAGCUGCUCUGCACUCACAUCAAAAUAUAUAAAGCGAUAAAGAGAGCUGACAUGGCGACCAGCACUGUGGUGGAUACUAUCGACGAGUGUCAGUGGAUCAACGCCCACUUCCAAGAGGACAGCCCUGUAAAGGAACGCUUGUGUCAUCUAUUUCAAUGUUCCAAAUGAACAAUAACCAAAAACACUUAUUAUAUGUUACUAGGAAUUUAUUUAUUUUAGAUAUGUAAAACGGAACCUCAUGUCACAAAUAACCUCCAGAUCACUCCACCAUACAUGCAAUGUGUGAUAGACCUUUAUUUUUAUAUUGAUAAAAACUUAUUAUAAUUGA